GCAGCGAGCGAGCUGGACGGGAGGGAGACCGAGUGAGAAGCGAGCGAGGGAGCGGCAGGCGGGUGGACUCAGAGCAUGCCGAGCGGCGCCCCGGGCGGCCCCCGGGCUUGGACGAGGGCGCAGGCGAAGCGUGCAGGCGACCGGAGCGCAGAGCUGCGCGGGAGCCGUGGCCGGCGCAGGGACCUACUGCAGUGACUCGGAGUUCGCCGAGAGCCAGCGCCGGGCCAGGGAGCCCGCCCCGCCCGCCUCUCGGCCCGGACCGCCCGGCGGGGAGGCGCCCAUGCCGGACCGCGCAGCGCGGUGAGGGCGCGCGCGGGCGGGCGGGGGCGCAACCGGCACCAUGUCCAUGCUGCCUACCUUCGGCUUCACGCAGGAGCAAGUGGCGUGCGUGUGCGAGGUGCUGCAACAGGGCGGCAACAUCGAGCGGCUGGGCCGCUUUCUGUGGUCGCUGCCCGCCUGCGAGCACCUCCACAAGAAUGAAAGUGUGCUCAAGGCCAAGGCGGUGGUGGCCUUCCACCGCGGCAACUUCCGCGAGCUCUACAAGAUUCUGGAGAGCCACCAGUUCUCGCCGCACAACCACGCAAAGCUGCAGCAACUGUGGCUCAAAGCGCACUACAUCGAGGCAGAGAAGCUGCGCGGCCGACCCCUGGGUGCCGUGGGCAAGUACCGCGUGCGCCGCAAGUUUCCACUGCCGCGCUCCAUCUGGGACGGCGAGGAGACCAGCUACUGUUUCAAGGAAAAGAGUCGCAGUGUGCUGCGCGAGUGGUACGCACACAACCCCUACCCCUCACCCCGUGAGAAGCGAGAGCUGGCUGAGGCCACAGGUCUCACCACUACACAGGUCAGCAACUGGUUCAAGAACCGGCGACAGCGUGACCGAGCAGCCGAGGCCAAGGAAAGGGAGAACAGCGAGAACUCCAACUCCAACAGCCACAACCCGCUGGCGGCGUCGCUGAACGGCAGCGGCAAGUCGGUGCUAGGCAGCUCGGAGGACGAGAAGACGCCGUCGGGGACGCCAGACCACUCGUCGUCCAGUCCCGCGCUGCUGCUCAGCCCGCCACCGCCACCUGGGCUGCCGCCCCUGCACAGCUUGGGCCACCCUCCGGGCCCCAGCGCCGUGCCGGUGCCCGUGCCCGUGCCCGUGCCGGGUGGAGGCGGCGCGGACCCGCUGCAGCACCACCACGGCCUGCAGGACUCCAUUCUCAACCCCAUGUCAGCCAACCUCGUGGACCUGGGCUCCUAG